UCUCUUUGCCUAACCUAUCCAUAAUUACAUACACCUAAAAGUUAUAAUACAACAACAAGAUGGCAGACGCUGAGUUAGAGCAGAUUCGCAAAGCGCGACUAGAGCAACUGAAGGCGCAAGGUGGCGGGGCAAGUAAACCAGGGGCCGGCCAGGGAGCGAAUCAGGCAGAACAACAGAAACAACAAGAAGCCGAAGCGCGCCAGUCCAUCCUAAACCAGAUCCUACAUCCGGAAGCUGCCGAUCGUCUAGGUCGCAUCCGACUCGUGAAAGAGGAGCGCGCGAAUGACGUAGAGAACCGGCUCAUCAUGCUUGCGCGAACGGGCCAACUACGACAAAAAGUGACCGAGGCCCAACUUAAAGAGCUCCUAAACGCCGUCGCGGAUACGAAGGAGGAAGAGAAGAUCGUGGUUGCAAGGCGCAAGGCCUGGGAUGACGAAGACGAUGAUGACCUGUUGGACUUGUAGGGCAGAGGUGCAAAGGCAGAGAAGUGAUGAUAUCACGGUGAAUGAGCGUAGCACGAUUGGGCAUGGCAUUGGCGUUUGUAGGAAAACAGGAGUACUUCUUCUAUACGAUCAUAGUACAAUAGUGUACAACUCCUAAUGACACAAUUAUUUUUCUUCA